AUGUUCAUGCGGCGGGCCACGGCCCAGUCCUGCAUGAAGCCCUCCGUCGGAAUCCGAGGCAGGUGGCUGGUGGCGAGAGGCUCACCACCAACACUGGCGUUUAUCAGUCAGCCUCCGAGACGAUCCAUCACUAUGGCCGCAGGCCGCAGAGCGGAAGCUCGCAUUGCCUUACUGGAGGCGGCAGGCUUUGACCGCCAGGCAGUGCUGAAGAUGGCGUCGUCGUUCCCUCAAGUGCUGAGCUUGGAUGUGGAGAGCCGCAUUGCCCUGCUAGAGGCAGCGGGCUUUGACCGCAAGGUCGUGCUGAAGAUGGCGUCGUCACAUCCUCGAGUGCUGGGCUACGAUGUGGAGAGCCGCAUUGCCCUGCUAGAGGCGUGCUGGGCUUGGAUGUGGAGAGCCGCAUUGCCCUGCUGGGGGCGGCGGGCUUCGACCGCAAGGCCGUGUUGA